CGGCGGGGAUGUAAACAGGGAUAAAAUGGAGGACGCUGUGUGUGUGUGUGUGUGUGUGUGUGUGUGAUAGAGAGCGCUAGCCUUAGAGCUGCUUACUCAUGACAAAGGAGCCAACUUAGCUGUUUAGCUGCUUUCUGUAGUACAGCUUCUGUACCUAGCUAGCAAAACAAAGACGCUCACCAGCUAGUGAUUCAGCAGUCCUUUAUUUAUUUAUUUAAAAUAAAAGACAAAAAACAUUUACUGUAGUUUCCCUCGGGAUCAAUAAAGUAUCUAUCUAUCUAUCUAUCUAUCUAUCUAUCUAUAAGAAAUCAGUGGAAUUGGUGAAGGAAAUGGAGCAGUACACCUCCACAAGCAGUGGGGAGCAGAUAGUUGUACAGGCAGCUAAUGGACAGAUCCAGCAGCAGGCACAGGGUACAGUCACAGCUGUACAGCUGCAGACCGAAUCGCCUGUCGCUACAGCAGCCGGUCAGCAAGUGCAGACGCUCCAGGUAGUCCAAGGCCAACCGCUUAUGGUGCAGGUGAGUGGAGGUCAGCUGAUCACCUCCUCAGGGCAGCCCAUCAUGGUACAGGCCAUGUCUGGAGGCCAGGGCCAGACCAUAAUGCAGGUGCCUGUCUCUGGAGCUCAGGGCUUGCAACAGAUCCAGUUAGUGCAGCCGGGGCAGAUCCAGCUGCAGGGAGGGCAGACGCUGCAGCUACAGGGGCAGCAGGGUCAGGCCCAGCAGAUCAUCAUCCAGCAGCCCCAGACCGCCAUUACUGCAGGACAGAACCAGGGCCAGCAGAUUACAGUCCAGGGCCAGCAGGUUGCUCAGACUGCUGAAGGCCAGACCAUUGUGUACCAGCCCGUGAAUGCAGAUGGCACUGUGCUACAACAGGGAAUGAUCACAAUCCCUGCAGGCUCACUAUCUGGCACACAGAUCGUUCAGGCAGCAGGGGGCACCAACACUUCUACCACCAACAGUGGGCAAGGCACAGUCACAGUCACGCUGCCAGUGUCUGGCAAUGUGGUUAGUACAGGAGGGAUGGUUAUGAUGGUGCCUGGGGGAGGAGGCACAGUACCCACUAUCCAACGAAUCCCUCUGCCUGGUGCUGAGAUGCUGGAGGAGGAGCCACUCUAUGUCAAUGCCAAACAGUACCACCGCAUCCUGAAAAGAAGACAAGCCCGUGCCAAACUGGAGGCUGAGGGCAAGAUUCCUAAAGAGAGGAGGAAAUACCUACAUGAGUCACGGCACAGGCACGCCAUGCAGAGAAAGCGGGGCGAUGGCGGCCGCUUCUUUUCACCAAAAGAUAAAGAAGAAAUGGCUCUAGCCAUGCAGGUGAGACCACAGGAACAGGCCGGAGUCAAACAGGAAGACUUCCACAGAGCCACCGAAAUCGCAAGCUCACACUGGCUACCUGAGCAAACCGUUCCUCUUGCUUAGCUGCUGUUCUCUGCUCUCAUUGGCUGCUUGCUCAUGCACUCACUGGCAACACUGUGUCCACCUCCAUCCUUCUUGCUUAGCUGAAGCAUUGCUUUUUCCAAGUGUUUUUCACAGGUGCUUUUGUGUUGUGUUGUGGUUUUUUCCCCCCCCUCUUAAAAUGCUACUUCAUCAGCAUUUUAACACCGGACAAUUUGACUGAAAGCCAAAGUUGCUGAGCUAAAGUCGGCAGAGCUUUUUGUACAUACUGGUGAAAUAGGAUUCUAGUCAGCUCUGUAGCAGCCAAGGGCACACAGUCCACUUUAAUAGAAUACAUGAUUCUUUAUGUCUGUGCUUUUAAAUAUAGUGUACAGUUACAGAGUUAUGAUAUUGUUAAAAUGUUCAUGUAGGGGAAAAAAAACUCUGCAAGUAUGAACAAUUUGCAUUGGUGUUAAAAAAAAAAACUUAAAUGUUAUGUUAUUUAGAAUGUAAAAAUGAAUUUUGUAUGAAGAAUGCUUACUGAGAUGUUUUGUAUUAAAGCACCUGGGAUCAUGUUACCUUUUAUAAAAGAAACAGUUACGUUUAGGAGCACAAUGAGAGAAUUUGGUACCACAGAGAAUGUCGUGAUGCAGUGUCUGUAAAAUAAGCUUCUUUCCUCCUGUCUGUCUGAUUUAUCCAUCACAUACGGCAUUCUGCUAUGUUACAUUUGUGUUCAUCCUCUGCCUGUGUUUUUUGUUUUGUUUUGCAAUUCUUACAUCCUGCUUCUUUGCUGCCAUGUGUUGUGAUUUUAUCCUUUUUUGAAAUAAAUUUCUCAGAACAGUAAAAUGUUCAA